GGGCCGACAGAAAAAUGAGAUGGCAGCAAACAUCGACAAAGUUAAGAUCGUAGUUGUUGGUGAUUCAGGAGUCGGAAAAACAUCAUUAGUGCAUUUAAUAAGUCACCAACAACCCACAAACAACCCUCCGUACACGAUAGGGUGCUCGGUGGAGGUGAAGUUACAUGAUUACAAGGCAGGGACUCCUGGGGAGAAGACAUUUUUUAUAGAAAUGUGGGACGUGGGAGGAUCAACAAGUCACCGGAACAGCCGCUCCAUAUUCUAUCAUUCUGUUCAUGGUAUACUGCUCGUUCAUGACUUGUCCAACAGAAAAUCUCACCAGAAUCUGAGGAAAUGGCUGGCAGAGGUCAUCAACAAAGGUCACACAAAAGACUUCAAUGGAGGGGACUAUGAUCCUGAACUGUUUGCCGGGAUUCAGAUCCCUAUAAUGGUUGAUUUUUUUAUUUACAGAGGGGACUAUGAUCCCGAACUGUUUGCCGGGAUUCAGAUCCCUAUAAUGGUUGUAGGAUGUAAGGCUGACCAGGCUCAAAAUCUCCGAGAUAAAUCGCCCUCGGCUCGCUCAUCUGUGGCAGAGGAGUGCGGGGCAGACGAAUUCAAUCUCGAUUGUCACCAAGUCAAACAUAUAUCUCCAGGGUCCACUAAUGCUGUCAAACUGACCAAAUUUUUUGAUAAGGUGAUAGAGCGGCGGUACCACAGUAGGGAGGGCGGUAACCAGGUAAAUACAACAGGAAGUAGGCUCGGUUAUACUUACGUCGACUAACACUAAGGUCAAAGUUCACAGAGAUGGGCACAUAACUCCAACUAUGGAAAGAAAAAGAUUCUUCAAAACAUCACAUAUAGACUGAUACUGACCAAAUAUGUAUAUCUCUUUGUCAAGUGCAAUAUUAAAUGUAUUUUUUGUAAAAUAUAA